AUGCCCUUCUCCACCGCUAUUGCCCGCCCACUGCAACUCGGCACUCGUGUCUUGCAGUGGGUUAGUGCUGUCAUCGUCAUGGGCUUGACUUCACACUUCAUCCGACAUGGUCCCCGUGGAGAGCACAUCCUGUACCAGGAAGUCAUUGCAGUGCUCUCGGUCGUCUUCUUCAUUCCAGCCUUCAUUUCACCAUUCCUACCUACUGUGCUGGGGAGAUUUGUCCUCGCCAUCGAUGUCAUCUUCUCCUACCUCUGGUUGACUUCUUUCAUCUUCUCUGCUCAAGACUAUAGCACAAGAUGGUGCUACUUCUCCUCCCCAUCUGGAGUCGGCUGCAACCGCAAGAAGGCUAACGAGGCAUUUAUCUUCUUGGCUUUGUAUGUUUCCCCGCUUGACGCUACUCGCUUUGAACAUAAGCCAAAGCUAAUACAACAUCACAGCAUCUUUACGUUCAUCGGCAUGUUCCUGGAAGUCGCUGCCCUGUGGGCUCAUCGCAGGCAGACCAACGUUACCCGGCAAACUGCUGUUGAGGACAAAGAGGCCGGACCUCGCCAGCCUCUUGAUGCACCAGCUGCAACUCCCGCUGGCGCUGUAUAA